AAUGAACUCAAGCAUGAUUUCUCAGUCUUUGCACAGCAUAGACAUAUCCAUCGGGUUCAGAUUUCACCUCAACUUGCUCUUGCUGUCUACCAAUUCCUGUCAACAUCUGUUGAUGCGUUCAAGCCAUCCAUAAUAGCAGAUCGGGUCCUACGCCAACUGAUCAACCUUGAUGUGGUCCGUCAGAUAAAGGUCCCAAAAGAAGGACCUCCAAAUCCCAAUGACAGCACCUACAUGAUUUACCAGAAAGGAAAACCAGCUGACUAUUUUGUGCUCAUUCUUGAAGGCAGAGUUUCUGUUUUGGCCACACAAGAGAACCUGACCUUUGAAUCUGGGCCUUUUUCUCACUUUGGCACCCAGGCCCUCACUUUCAAUUCAGAAUCAAUGACAUCUCUUGGAAGUGGACUGUCAGCAGACAGUCUGCCAACAAUACCAAACACACCAGGAGCAAGAUCAAUGAGUGGAAUUCCUGGAAGUUCAGGUCAAGGCUCAACCAGCAAUGUCCAGUCUGCAGUCUGUCAAGAAGCCCCCGUGUCUUGUUCACCUCAUGGAUUCCCUUUGUCCCAAUAUAGUUCACAGGUUACUUUUACCCCUGACUACACUGUGAGAGCUGUGACAGAUGUCCUCUAUCUCUGCAUCAGGCAUUUACUGUAUCGUGCUGCUAUCCAGGCCUCCAUUCUGUAUAGUCAGGAGAAAGAAGAGGAGGCUGUGCAGAUAGAAUCCACCUUUGAAAAGAUUCUGAAAGCUGGGAAUUCCCAAAAAUUUCUUCAAUCAUCACGUGCUGAGGCAGAAUGCACAAAAUCCCUUCUAGAUUCCAGUUCUAGCACUGGCUCUUCAUCCAUCUCUGUAUCCUCUUCAUCAAUGAAAUGUAAAUCUGAUGAGAAACUUGUUGCCAUUGAAGGAACAUCCCUCAGCAAGAGUUUUGAUGAAAAGUUGCACGUGAAAAAGGAAGGAUCAGAG